UUUAUUCAUAAGCAGCUUUCUUUAUCUGCAUGACAAUAAAUUAGUCAUCUAUCUAUUUAAAUAUGAUAACGAAAUUACAUAUUAAAAAUGAGUAUCAGAAUUAAAAAGACAGAAAGUAAUAACACAAUUCAAAACGUUGAUGAUGAAACUUUAGAUGAUGUUUUAGAGAAAAUUGGAGGGUUCGGUUUCUACCAGAAGUGGAUUUUCGUUUUAAUGUGUUACCCAUAUAUACUUUCUGGAUUCUUUCAACUUAACCCGGUGUUUAUCCUUGGAGUUCCAAAACAUAGAUGUGCCAUUCCGGGAUAUGACAACGAUACAUAUAAAGUUCAAGGAGAUGAACACCAGCACUUGAUAGAUUUAGUGAUACCUCCGUCUACAGACCCUGAGGCGGUAUAUGAUGAAUGCAAAAUGUUCCAACACAAGAAUGGAAGUGAAACGUUAUUAUGGUUGAAUGAAACUAAUGGUGGAGCAAAAGUCCCAUGUAACAGUUGGGUAUAUGAUCAAACAGUAUUUAAAACCACAUUUGUAUCAAAGGUAGAUCUUAUAUGUGAUAAAAAGAUACUGCAUGCAAAUGCUGAGAUGGUAUUCUAUGGAGGAAUGUUAUUUGGAUCUAUUCUGGGCGGUUUACUUGCUGAUAGGUAUAAUAAAAGAAGAUAAUCAUUCAAACUUUAC